AUGGAACAACUCGAAAAAGCAAUAAGUGAAGUACCUGGGUCCAUCUUAUCUAGGUUUCGGACGUUUGUUUGUCAUCUGGACUUGACUGAGAUCGCACUUGGCUACGCACAGAGUGCCGACACGCAUGGAUUCAUAAUCAUCUACCCGACUGCACCGGCGGGAUGUUGGGAUGUUGCUUCAACAGCAUCUCUCACACACAACGGCGGCGGAGAUAGUCAGACGAUCGUCAACAUGGUCAAAUAUGCCGAAACGCAUUACGGCAGUGAUCUAGAUAGAGUUUACAUGACUGGGAGCAGCUUUGGAGCCAUGAUGACCAACGUCUUGGCUGGUGCUUAUCCGGAUGUUUUCAAGGCUGGAACUUUGUAUGGAGGUGUUCCAGAUGGUUGCUUUUAUGUUGCAGGUGCAACUGCUGGAAUGACUUCGCCUGGUUGGAAUAACCAGUGUUCUGGUGGGAAGUUGAUCAAGACAGCCCAGCAGUGGGGUGAUCAGGUUCGCAGUUACUAUCCUGGAUACAAUGGAACUCGCCCUAAGAUGUUGAUUUUCCACGGGACAGCCGAUACAACACUUUAUUAUGCCAACUUCGGCGAGGAACUGAAAGAAUGGUCCAACGUACUUGGUGUAUCCUUCAGUCACAAUGAGACCAACACACCCAUCUCAGGUUACACGAAGAUGAUAUAUGGCGAUGGCACACAGCUGGUCGGCGUCUCCUGCUACAAUGUUGGACACACGCCGCCUAUUCGUCCCUCUGAUGAUCUGGCAUGGUUUGGCCUUGCUUGA